UAUAAGCUUGGCCUACAUUUGUCAUUCAAAGCUGCAUGGUAUAACCUCUAGCAAGCUCCUAACGGAAUCUCACUCAUCAUGGAUGAUAUUUACAAGGCAGCGGUAGAGCAACUUACAGAAGAACAAAAGAAUGAAUUCCGUGCAGCCUUUGACGUCUUUAUACAAGAUGCAGAAGAUGGUUGCAUCAGUACAAAAGAAUUGGGCAAGGUAAUGAGAAUGCUUGGACAAAGUCCAACCCCUGAGGAGCUGCAGGAGAUGAUAGAUGAAGUGGAUGAAGAUGGAAGUGGCACUGUAGAUUUUGAUGAGUUCUUGGUUAUGAUGGUUCGAUGUAUGAAGGAUGAAACCAAAGGAAGAUCGGAAGAAGAAUUAUCAGAAAUUUUCCGGAUGUUUGACAAGAAUGCUGAUGGUUACAUAGACCUGGAAGAGUUGAAGGCGAUGUUGGAAUCAACUGGAGAGACCAUUACAGAGGAUGACAUUGAGGAAUUGAUGCUAGAUGGAGAUAGAAAUAAUGAUGACAAAAUUGACUACGAUGAAUUCCUGGAGUUUAUGAAAGGAGUUGAAUAAAUGGAAGGGCAGAACGAGUUCCAUGCAGUUCCACCUCUACAGUGUUUUUCUUAAUUUUGUGCUGUAUCGCAAAACAAUACAAUCAUCACUACAAUGAACAUAUAUAAUAUCAUUUCAAAUGUCAUAUAUAAAUAAAGGACAAGGUUUUUAGACGCUGUAAAUAUUUCAAAGUAUCUAAUAUCUUUAAAAUGGGAGAUUAUUAAAACAAAGGACACCAUGACUUUA